AUGAGCAAAGACUCCUCAGCCUCAUACAUCCACAUGCACCAACCCAGACUAGCAGACCUCUUCGAAGAAUUCACCCGCCCCCACACCUCACCAACAGACCACAACGACCGCGAACCCCAAGCAUCCCCAACAACAAUCCCCUCCUUCCUGCCUGUCGAAGACAUCUACGUCGCCCCCCAAUACCAACCUCCAAACCCAGAAGACGAAGAUGACGUCGUCCCAGACCAACAUGCCGCCUUCGGUAUCACGCGCGCUAUGGACCGUCGUCGCGAAGCUGUCUGGCGGGACUUGGGACUCGAAUCUCUUGUAAAUGGCCAGGGGAAUGGGGAUGCUGAAGCCACUGGGACUGCGUCUGGGUCUGGGUCUGGGUCUGCUACGUUGCGUGGGAGUGGGGGUGGGCCGGCGGCGGCGGGGAUGCCUGUUGUUAGGGUUAAGGCUGCGGGGAGGAAGAUGGGGGGGAGGAGGGUUGUUGGGUUGAGGUGA